AUGCCACCACAAGAUGUGCUGCCCGAGGGCGUGGAGUCAGAAGACGGAGUCAGGAAGCCGGAGCUCAUACCCAAGAACUGCUUACGUCUCAAAAGUCCCUACAUGAUUCAGUCCAAGCCCAUUUCAAUAGAGACGACUGCAAGAGUCCUUAGACCUUUCGAUCCAUCUCGCGCCUUGGAUCGUUCCAAAGCCUCCCCGUGGGAUGACCUCAUCCACGAAUGGAUGAAAGAAGACCCAAUCUUGACCCAGUGGCUUGCGCCCACUCGGGAUCAGCUACGACUCCAGAUCGUCGAAGGGCCCAAAACCAGCAGGAUGUCGGCAGCCCUGUUUGCUGUCGAUCAACUUCUUGAUCGCCAGUCAUCAAGCGGUUUCAACAAGGCGCAGGUUCUUUACUUCUUCUGCUAUCGUUCUGACCCCAAACGUAGCACUGCGAGCGCAGUGUUGAAGGGGUGGAUGUAUCAGCUCCUCCACCAGCGACCUGACAUGAUGAAAGGUUUCCACGAAUAUCUUUUCGAAGACACCUUUGGCCUGCAUGCUAAUCUCCACCAAGCAAUCCUCAUGUGGAACUACCUACGACGCGCUACAAAGAGAGUUGAUGCAGGUUUGACGUACUGUGUACUGGAUGGCUUAGACGAAUGCGACCAAGAGAGCAGAACUCUCAUAACUAAUCUGCUAAAUCGCCCACUUCCAUACGAGGGCUGCCCAGAUACGGAGCCCAGUCUCAAGAUUCUCGUCACCACUCGCGAUCCACUUGACGACCAGAGAUUUGGUAUCAUUGACCUGAGCAAGCGUACCGAGGACGCUGUCGAAGAUGAAGACAAGUUUUAUGAACUACUGGAAAUGCUCGCUGCGCAUGUCUAUCCGCCGAGAGUCGAACAGUUUGUCUCUGUUUUUCCCGAGGAUGAACAAUCUGACAUCCUGGCACUUCUCAAGUCCUAUCCCAUCCCGACACUAGUUCAUACUGACUGCCUCGAAUUCACAGAUUCAGACGUAUGGCUGCGGAAUUCCCGGUCGAAGAAUUCCGCGACUAUCCAUGCAAGGCUGGCUCGGCAUUAUCUGAAGAUCAUCUGCGCUGUUCUGCCUGGCAUCGACAUGGAAGACCUGGAAGGCGAUGACCAGUCUAUCUGGAUGUCACAUAUCCCCGCGGAUCUGAAAUAUGCAGUGAACCACUGGGCUGAUCAUGUCAAGCUCUCUACAGACACCUCGGUAGAACUCAUCGACCUGAUUCUGGAGACCUUGAAGCCUGACUCCGACACCAUAAAAAAAUGGUGGAUCAUGUUCAUGACCUGGAAUUACGAUAUUUCGGAGUAUUUCGAUCUUGACAAACACAACACCACACCACUCCAUGUCUUCGCGCUUUUCGGUCUUUCGGAGCUUUUGCGCGCAACUGGCCGGUCAUCCCUUAUUGCGGACAACAUCAUGACUGAAGACGCCGAGGGACUAGAACCACUUGAUCUCGCCAUUCUGCAUGGUCACACCAACAUGGCCAAGAUACUUGUUGCCAGCCGCAAGCCCACCGAGUACUUUCAUUGUGCGUUUGCGACAUCUCCCAAUGCAGAGCUAGCAAAGUCGAUUUUCGCCGCUCACGAUGAAAAGAGUAAGCUCCUAGAGAAAAGCGAUCUUAUGAUGAUGUUACAGCACGCGAUCUGCACCGGAGAUCCAGAGCUGCUGACGCAAACAAUUAGCUUCUUACACCGAAGGUCACCGGUCGGCUUCUUUCCGCGCAACGAUAUAUGGCCAGUAACGUUUAUCAUUGACACCGGUGAUCACCGCUUGCUGAAACCAAUGUUGACCAUCACCAACCUAAAGGCAACAGCACAGCACAUCAUCGAACGCACAGUCUCUCAACAAGAGCCACGCAUGCUCCAGGAAGUUCUCAGUAAUAGGGUCAUAAAAAACAUGACCAAGAGAGGCUGGGAAGAACGGUGUUGUGGAGGCUUUUGA